GGGAGGGGGACGAGGGAAAUGGCCGCUCCUUUCUUUAUGCUCCUCACCCGCCUCCUCGCUACGCGCUCGCUGCCGUUUCCUGGCCUGCCCCGCCUCACUUCAUCAUACCCGCCGCAGGCGUGGGGAGCGACCGCUUUGCAACAGCGGGGAAGAGGGGCUGGUGGUAUAGGCUGCCAUCUUCUCGAUUUUUGGGGGGAGCAUAGGAGAUAGAUGGGGAGGUAGUGGUGCCGUAUAUGAAUUAACUAAAACAGUGCCCCUCUGUACUAUAAAGGGGGAAGUGGUGAUAUAGCUCCGGAGGUUAUCACGUGUUGUGCCCUGUACUUAUGCUAAUACAGUUCUUCCUUCUCACUUCCCUUUCCCAGCUCUGCACUCUUAUUUAGUAAGUCGCCUGAUCACGUACCAUGUUUCCUAAGAGGCCACAGGCCGUGGUGCAUCUAGUGGUCGCAUCAGGGCAUUAGAUAACGUUUGUAGGCAAAACAGUCUUCAGCAAUAAAGCAUAAUCUGCCAAAUGGACACCACAGGAAAGCAGCCCACCUGGAUGCAUCUUAAAACAUACUUAUUCAUGCUUAAAAGAACUUCUAGCUAAAUGAGGCUAGCAGUAAUAAUAAAGCCACAUUAGUCAUAGCACAACACAGAAAUGAGUCCUCCUUAGGAGGGGAAUUUUGUUGUCAAAAGUAGUAGUGUUGACUUCAAGAUGCUUAUGGUAAAUCUGGGACCAUUUUUAAAAGUGAUAUUAAUGGGAAUUGACUUAUGUUAGCAGUAGCAUUGCUAAUAAAAUUCUCAUUGCUGCAUCUUUGAUAGUUGACAUCCUGUCAUCCAGAAAGUCUACUGAUAUAUUUCUGCUCACUAUGCAUGUAGUUUUUGGACAAAAGGCUACAUGUGCUUUAUGAAUGGUGUGUGUAUGGUCCUUAAAUUCAUUGGAAAUGUUUCAAAGAACAUCUGAAGAACUCUUUCCAAAGAUGGAAAGUUCAGUCGAAGAGAUGGAUACGUCUGAUAAUCAGUGGGGCUGGUUUUAUUUGGCUGAGUGUGGUAAAUGGCAUAUGUUUCAGACUGAUUCAAAUAGUCAUUGCUCAGUUAGCAGUGAAGAUAUUGAAAGGAGCUUCAGAACAAACCCAUAUGGUUCUGUUUCUUUUACUACUGCAAAAUUUAACUACACACUAGACUUUUCAGAGAUGAAGCAAACCAACCUAACUACCCUUAAACAACGUCCAAUAAAGCGAGCUCCCUUUUCUAUCAGUGCUUUCAGUUUCAUCUGUGAAAAUGAGUCCAUCCCUUUGCCUUCGCACUGGGAGAAUGUAAAUCCUGAGGAGCCGUAUCAGCUUAUUCCUUUGCAAAAGAAAACGAACGAAUACAAUGAAGUUUCUAGUCUCUUUGGAAAAACAAUGGAUAGCCACCGAAUAAAAAGAAUAAAGAGAAUACAAAAUCUAGACUUGUGGGAGUUUUUUUGCAGGAAAAAAGCUCAACUGAAGAAGAAAAGAGGCAUCACAACUAUCAAUGAGCAGAUGUUAUUUCAUGGUACCAGUAAUGAAUUUGUAGAAGCAAUAUGUAUUCAUAACUUUGACUGGAGAAUAAAUGGGAUGCAUGCUGCUGUAUAUGGAAAAGGGACCUAUUUUGCAAGAGAUGCGUCGUAUUCCAGUCGUUUCUGCAAAGAGGAUAUGAAGCAUGGAGAUACUUUUCAAAUUCAUGGUGUGAAUCUGCAGCCUCAUCUGCACAGACCAGAUAAAGUCAUGUUUCUUGCUCGUGUAUUAACUGGCGACUACAUCAAUGGUGAUUCAAAAUACAUGAGGCCUCCUUCAAGGGAUGGAAGUUUUGUGAACUUGUAUGACAGCUGUGUGGAUAAUACUUGGAACCCAAAGAUAUUUGUUAUCUUUGAUGCCAACCAAAUCUAUCCUGAGUACUUAAUAGAAUUUUGUUGAGUUUAAUGAAGCUGAACUGAAUAUUUGUGUCUUCUUUCUUUCACAAAGACAGCAACAUAAAAACCCAAAGUGUGAAAGGACAGAGGUGACAAAAAAGUUAGCAUAUGUUUAUGAAGCUGUUAAACAUUUAAGAGAGUUUGUACAUCUGCUCCUAAAAAUCUGUAAAUAAAUUUCACUAAUGCCUUUUUCCAAUCUAAGGGAGUACUACAAGUCUGAAAUUGCUUAGUGAAAGUAUUACUAAGUUUUUGUUUCAAGAAAGAAUUUAUGUUCUGAGUUCUUAAAAAUAUAUUACAAGUAGUUAUUUGUGUGGUAGUAAUAUGCUUGUAAUACUGUAUCUCUGUGAUUAAACAAACCUUUUCUAAAGAUUGUUUGUAGGACUUAAAGCCAAACCUUCUCCUAUGUGUAUGUGUGUGUGUUUUGUAGUACACAUUACAGGACGUACAGGACCUAAUGAUCAGCAAAGCUGCUAUGUUUAGAUUGAAGGUGAGCUUCAGUUAUAUUCUUGCUUGGUUACAAAACUCUUGCACUACAAUUUCAAGUUUGUUUUUGAGAAAAAUGAAGCCCUAAAGCUCUUGUGGUUGGUAACUGUUCAGUGUAUAAAUAUUGAGCUCAGUGCUGGGAUGUCAUCACUACCAUAUAACUGUUUGAGUUCUUGCUCUGUAUUUUUGCCAUGUUGUUGUAGUAUGUAUGUGCAUGCACAUAUUUGCAUGCAGGUUGUGCUUUCUUGUCUGAUCACUGUUUAAGAAGCACUCAGUGCUGGUAUACUUGCUGUUACUGAAGACAACGUCGAUUAACUUCACUGGGAAUAAUACAGAGUUAAACCAACAAUGAAAA